GAAUACACUUGUCUAUCUGAAGUCCACAGAGAACACUACGCCGGCCUGUGUUCCGCCACCGAGCUUAUGGCAAACCUGAUGGUAGUGGUUGACCCAUGUGCUCUUGAAAGCGUGCCGACACAACCGGCCUCGUCCCUGGACUGCGGUCUCUGCUCAACUGCCACACACACCCCGAUUAUCAACAAAAAAGGACAAAGAUCAGUAAAGUUGGACAACACGAUGGCUCUAGCAACACAGUCACUUGGCACUGUUGCUUACCAUAUCAGCCGACUUGCCAGUCACUUCUUAGAGGCUGUCGAAUUGCAGUCGGAUAUGCUUGCAGAAAUUUCAGAUUGCAUGGAGAAAAUCCGAAUGGUUUGCAACACGCAUCAAGAAAAGGUCGCUAGAAAAGCAAUAGGGUCAUGUACCAGCCCAAAGGUUCCAAUAAAUUUUCAGCGCGAGUACAUACCCUCAGAACCUCCUCUCAAGUAUGUUCGACGGCCAAUAGACUUCUCCAUACUGGAUUCUAUUGGGCACGGUGUGCGCAUUCAGGAACCCCUCUUAAACCAGUAUGAAAAACCCCUUGCUCAAGGUGACACACUUCAACGUCGGGGAAGUUCUUCGGCUGGGAUUACUGUUCAGGGUAUGGUUGGACGUCAACAUCGCACAAUUUCAUGUCACACUGCUGGUUCAAACACAAGUGCUGAGUACGCGGCGCCCGUUCGUUCCGUAGGAACUGUGCGCUACCAAAGCAAGUCUGGCACUGUCGGUCGCACCGCUGGAAUAUAUCGAACGACGGGUGUUCCUCCGCAUCAUCUGAUGGGGGCCAUGAGUAGCGCAACGCCACAUCAGCAUUCCGGAGGGAGCGGUAGCAGUCCAGUGUCCGGACAGUUGUCUUCUGUCGGCUACGCUGCGGGUAGUGAAGCUAUGGCAGCUGCCCAAACAUCGAUAGAUGUGACAAGCGCCGCCGCUUUAGUUGCCAACCAGUCUGGUCGUUCCAGUGGAUCAUCCAGCGUCGUAGGACAGUAUCCGAUGAACCAUCAGGUUCACCAAGGCUAUCUACAGUCAACAGCGCCAAUCAGUCAGCCGCAUAUGCAGCAUAUUAAGGUAAAUCCAGCCAUCUCUCAGCUUCCUGGUCAGUUUGUUGACCAAAGCAUUCCGAUGCAAACACGAAUGUCGCAACCGCAACAACAAUAUCCUGUUUCUAACUCGGCGUUAUCAGUUAGUCAAGGACAUCCCGGUCACUCUAUACCCGCAUCCAGUCAUGCAGAAUUCACGAUCCAGCAGCAGCAGUACGCUGAACAGCGAUACCAAUCAGCUCAACAAACCCCGCAGUAUAUGCAACACAAUCCCGUUCAAGUAACCAUCCCACCCACAGCUACUUCACACUCGGGAACUCGACCUUAUGCCGAGCAAGUCCAACCGUCAGCCCAGAUGCCCAUGCCUGAUGUGUCAUCCGCAGAGCCAACACACCCACAGAUCUCGGAUCCACACGCUACGCAUUCGUCUCCGACUUCAUUGGACAGCACAGAACACGUGCCCUUGCCACCACCGGAGGCUUAUGCAGGUUCCGCAGCCACGUAUUCACAGCACUUUAAUCCACCUGAACCUCAAAUGCCUUCUAGUCAUGCGCCUUUAGGACCUGCCGGUGGGGCCGGCUUAAUUGCUCGAAAGUUGACUGAUCCAGCCUGGGCUCCUGAAUUUUAUAUGGAGAAAGUGAUAACUCUGUACGAGUAUGUGCGUGAUAAGGAUGACGAGCUGACAUUUACCGAAAACCAAGUAAUCUAUGUGAUGAAGAAGAACGAUGACGGAUGGUGGGAAGGAAUUAUGAAUGGUAUAACUGGCCUGUUUCCGGGCAAUUAUGUGGAAGUCAUAGAAUGAUAGGGUGUACCGCCAUCCCGGAUUCGCAGCGUCGAAAUUCAACAAAUUCGUUCAUCACCCCUCACUUCCUCUCUCAUGCUCCGCUUUAACAUUGAUUUACCUUAAUCCUAUCCGCUUUUGCUCUAUUUGCAUUGUUCUGCGACUAUCUUCCAAAAAAAUUGUCAUAAGAAGCAAGUUGUUUUUAUACACGCGGGCUGGCACAUUGCUAAAGGCGGCAUUAAUCACAGAUUCAAUCGGCAUUUAAUUCCAAUUGUUUUAGCCGAACAGUUUCUCCACAGGUUUCGGUGUCACUUUUGUCCGAUUCAUCGGUACUGGUCUUAUCAGAUUCCGUAGAUGGGUCAUCCUCUUCCGCUGAUGAUCGGUUGUCAGCCAUACUUGAGAACCCGGAGUAAUAAUAAUUUCCCUCGUUAUCCGAAUCUUCGUCGGGGCAUGUUUGUCGGCCAUAUUCGUAGGAUCGUGCUGUGGAAAGAAAGGUUAUACAUAUGAAACCAUCGAAAAAAGUCGUAAAUAAAACAACCGAUCGUUUACUAAGUCCUGAAAUUAUAACGGCAUUUCGAUAAGAACGACCAACAAAGAACGAGGUGCUUUUGACAGGGA